CUUCAGCAAAUUCUUAAACUGCUGGCUAGUCCCUGAAGAUCCUGGAGAGAGAAAGCUGGUUGCUGGGCCCUCUUUCAUUCUCACCCAACAAGACCUCCCAAAGCAGGUCAAAUGUGGCAGCAGAAGAAUAGUAAGGCUUCCUCACAUCUCUUCCUCUGGGAUAUGGAUGAAGAAGCAAUCAAGGUCCUUCUCUGAACAUCGAAGGAAGAUGUGGCUCAGGUUCUGUUCUCAAGUUGGACAAAAUUGGGGGUUAAUUCUGAUGUUUGAGACAUUUACUUUCCUAGUCCCUGCAAGUUGUCCCUCAAUCUUGGACAGAGUACCAGAUUCACUCCGUUCACGUGUGUGACAGAAAUGAGACGUGUCACAGCGAGCAAGAGGAGGAGGGGACAAGAGGUGCAAGGGCUAUGCUGACACACUGAAAGACUGCUGAUCAUAAUAGAACUUCAUCUGUCUGGCUAGGAGCUUUCUUCACGCAGGGAUAGUUUGGAGCUAGGAUUUUGAAAAUGAGCAUUAGGGGGAUUUUAUUAGCCAAGUGCCUGGUGGUGUUAUUCUUCUGUGUAACAGGUUCUUCAGAUGAAGUCUAUAAAGUUCUGGAUGAUUUUGCUUUUUUGACCAUUUCUGACUUCUCUAUACAAAAGACAGAUGAAAUAAGAUGGUACAAAGAUAAUUCGGUCAUUAUGAAAUUAAAAAAUAACGACAUCACAAAUUAUAUGAAGAAAGAAGCAUAUAAUAUGUCCCAAAAUGGGACCCUGCAAAUUCACCGCCUGGUGAAAGAGGACAGUGGAAAUUACAAAGUGCAAGUGUACAAUGUUGAAGGAAAACUGAAAAUGGAGAAGAACUUCCAUCUGAUCAUUCAGGAUCAUGUCUCUAAACCAAAAAUCACAUGGACAUGUUCAAAAAAAACUGUGAAAGUAAUAUGUGAGGUGAAUCAGACAGAUAAAGCUUCUAUUCAUUUGCUUCAAAAUAACAAAGCUGUCCCUGGAAAUAAGCCAGCUUCUGCAAAUGGAAAACUGAAGAUUGAAUUUACAUACCGGAACACCACCUUUCCUGCAAAGUUCCAGUGUGAAGUUAAAAAUGACGCUGACAAGAAAACUGUUGAGCAGGAAAUCAGAUGUUCAGGGUCACUGGACAUUGUUCUCAUACUGAGCAUUGCUGGAGGUGCAGUGUUCUUUGUCAUUUUUCUGGCACUGCUGAUUUACUGUAUCAGGAAGAAGAGAGCAGAAAGAUACGACGAAGAGGAAGAGGAGAGAUCGAUGCAAAAUCAAAAAAUGAGUGAUGAAUUAAAAUAUCGGGACCUUCCUCAAGUUCCAGCUCAUGCUCCCCAGAGGCAGCCACGCCAGCAGCAGAGACCCGCUCCACAGCCUCAUCCUCCACAUCAGGCAAAGCUUCCCCAGCCUCGGCCACGCACUCAGCCGAAAUCUCCAAGCCACAUGAAAGAGAGACAGUAAGCAUUUGUCCUGGAGGAACAGAAAUCGUCUCAUGACCAGCUCUGGUGGGACCCACACAAAAAUUACUCUGCAAAUCUCCAGCAAUCCCCCUGACUGGCCACUUUUAUUGUAAAAGCUCACACCGUUUAUAUUGAAGGACUGAUGGAAAGGUUCAACGAUGGAGAUUUGAGGUGAUCAAAAGUCAUUACCUUGCUCCAAGUGACUCCAUGCAAAUGUGGGGCAUUUAGUGCUGAAAUCUGCUUCGCUUGGUUUUACCUCUCCUUGCUCUUUUCCAGUCUAAUUUGUUUUGGAAGGCCCUAAGACUCUAUUGAGAUGUCAUUUAUCACAUCUAGCUCUUUCUCCCUACUAGCCGCACUUCUACCCAAACACCCCUCCGGUUGUUGCAGCCCAGCAUUUGAUCCCGUAGAGAGGAAAACAGUUAUGUUAACUGUAAUGAAGGUCUGAUAGAUAGAGGUAUGCUGGAAAGAAAUGGUAACUCUAUGUCUUGGCUGCAGUGACGUGACCCGGUUCAGAGUUCCUCUGGCAAUUAUGCUUGCCACGUGGCAGGAGCCAGUAUGCAUUGCUGUGAGAGAUUCCAUAAUACUGCAAUACCUGCUACCAAGCAAAACCAAGUAGUUUCAUUAAUAAUGACUUUCUCUGAACCUUGUGGGCUCUGUCAUCCCAUGGCCACUUUGUCUUCUCCAAACAGGCCCAGGUGUGGUGGUCUGCUCAGCCACUAAGAUUGGUGUGCCACCUGGAGCCAGUCACAUGUUGCAAAGGAAGGGAAUUCACUGUCUUGUUUUCUCUACACUAUUGUUUGCUUCUAGAAAAAAACUGGAAAUGCUGCAGCGGCAUUUUCCGCUCCUCUGCCAGAGCCCCAUCCACACUGAGGGACUUAGGAGGCCUCAUGUGCUCCAUUUCGGUGAAAGAGUUGGUUUGCAUCUGAUGCCACCUCAUCUGUCUGAUACACCUGGAUCAGAGUUCUGAAAGAAAAUAUCCUUAGACUGAUGCGGGUCAGGGGAACCUGCAGUUCCAGUGGCAACUGAAAGGUGUAUAACCAGGGUAUUUACACACAACCGUGGAGACUUCUAGCUUUGACAAAGAAGGACAUGAUUGGCUGGCCUGCAGUCAGCACCCAUGUCUGUGCACAUAAUGGGAAAAACAUUCUUGCUUAUUCCUCUCCCCUUUGGCAAGUCUCAUGACCUCUCUGAUUCGCCGAGGCCCAGUGUUUCUAUUUUAUUCACUGUAUUGUCUGGAUAGUAAAAGCAGCCCCUCUGGUGUGAGUGACAGCACAAUGAGCAUGAGGCAGGUAUGGAGACAUGAGAGCUGAUCUCAGUGGCACAUUGGCUGGAGCUUGUUACUCCUCUCAUGGAAAGUAGAUGAUCCUCUGAGACUCCUGUGGUGUUAAAAGGUGUAUCCUUGUUUCUCUAAAAAAAA